UCUUCUUCCCGCUACAGCCCGAGAAAAAAAAAAGAAAAGGAAGGAACCAAGCAAGCCGCCGGCACCAGCCUUUGAGAAACCGGUGAGAAAGCUUGGAUUUCUCCUUCCUUUCUUGUUCUAGAACCCAGAAAUCCUUCCCCCCUUGCAGGAAAUCCGGAUCUGCUCUGCUCCUUCCUUCCUCACCGCCGGCUGCUCCUGCUUUGCGGGGCCGAAUUGCUCAGUUUUUUGAAUUUUCCUUCCAUGCCGCCGGCUCUUCCCCAAAUUGCAGCUCCGGCCUUGCUUGCUGGAUUCUGGUUCCCGAUCGUUCUGUCAGUUAGCACUGAGAUCGAGUUUUCGGUUUUAUGCGAGUGAGGAAGCGAAACCGAGGACGGGUAAAUCACGGGAAGUGACGAGUUAGAAGACUAGCCAUUUCGAGAUUGAACAUAGAUUUAGAAAUAAAUCAUGUUCUUGUAAACUCGACUUUAUUGGAGAUUUAUAAUAUUAGAGCAAAUUAUAGAAUUUGAUCUUCAGAUUUUGAUGGUAUCAGAUUAUGAUAUGAUAAGUUCCGAGCCUUGUGCAUUUGUGGGAUCCUCUCAUGAGUGCACGGCGUCUGUCGCGCCUCAAAUUUGGGUUUUGGGGCGUGACACCAAUGGUCAAUAGUAUAAUAACUGAAUACGAUUGAAUAAUAGUUCAAAUGUUUCACUUAGAAGACAAACAAAAUCAAAAUAAUUGAAUCUUCUAUAGUAAACACUGAGACCAUUAGUAUAGCCACUAAGCUCCAAUAAAGCAUUUCAUUUGAA